AACAAAUUGUUUAGUGUCGUUCAACCAAACUAAAAAUUGUUUAAAAACAAACACUUUGUCCCAAAAUUGCAUAGUACUGCAAGAUUAGAAUUGCGAAGGAGUGAUGGAAUCACCAGAGCUUAGCUGAUAUUUACAACAUUUUAUUCUAAAAAGUAUCAUGAGCUGCUUCAGUGGCAAAAUGCGGGAGUACAGAAAUAUCUCUUUAGACAGAUUUGAUGGCUUAAACCUGAGAUCAACAGCAUACUUUCUGUCUCACUGUCAUUGUGAUCACAUGCAAGGACUUGCUUAUCCAGAAUUUACUGAAAGGUUGUCCUCAAGAAAUGACAUUUUUCUCUACUGCUCAGAGGUCACCAAAAUUCUACUCAUGGAGAAGCAUCCUAAAUUAGAGAAGUUUGUUAGAACUCUACCCGUGGCUGAACCCACCGUCAUCCCAAUUCCAGAACCUGACAAAGCUAAAAAAGACAAGGUGACAGUGACUCUGAUACAUGCCAGUCAUUGCCCGGGGUCUGUCAUGUUUCUGUUUGAGGGAUUUGAUGGGACUGUACUGUAUACAGGGGAUUUCCGAUGGGAAUCUGACCAAGUCAUGAAAAUACAGGCACUCCAUGUUGACCAGAGGGUGAAGCCUUUGGUCAGUCUCUAUGUGGACACCACAUUUUGCCACCCCAACAGUUUCUCCAUCCCCUCCCGCCAGACCAUUAUCAGCGCCGCCUGUGACCUAGUUAAGGAGUGGACUGCCAAGGGGAAUAACUACGUUGUCCAUUUCACCCCCAGAGCUAACUACGGACAUGAGCCACUGCUUAAAGAGGUUGCUCAGGCCCUGGGCUGUAAGGUUCAUGUCAGAAAGGAUAAAGAGGAUGUAUACAAUCAGAUGUCAGAGCUACGAGGAAUAUUUACUUCUGAUUCCGCAGCCACAUGUAUCCAUGCUUGUGGAGGAAGGGUUUAUGGGGAAGUCCCUUGUCUUCCAUGUGACAAGAAAAAUAAAAACCUGAAGGUCAUGGUCAUCCUUCCGUCCACCAUGUUUUUCACCCAGUCUUUCCGCCUGAGUGAAGAUGAGAUCGUUCUCCGUGACAAGGGAAAAUAUCGCAUCUGUUACUCCUUCCAUUCGUCAAUGCUGGAGGUGCGUGACCUAGUGACCUACUUACAACCAAGACGUGUGUUUCCUAAUGUCAAACCCGCAGAAGAUGCCAGUUUAGCAGAGGUACAGAGAAGAUUAAAUGAGUUUUUGAAACUAAAGCACAGCUCUCAUGUGAGAGAGGAACUGGAAUCACAGCGCCCUCUAGGAUUAUUACGACAAUCCAUCAAGAGGAAAAGACACAGAGUUUCAGUUGCCUCUAGUGAUUCAGAAGAACUCUUGUUUGGAAGCCAGAUUUCUUUCUCCCCCAAAAAGCAAAAAUUCUUUACUGAGUCCCCUGCUAAAAAUAGAAUCACAGAGAGGAUGGAGGACGAAGAAGAAUAUCAGAGCUCUUAUGAGGGUAGCUGUCAUAGUGACAGCGAGAUGAGUGGAAUUUGUGAGUCAGAUGAGGAAAAUCAAAAAGAGAAUUCCCAGACACUAUCCACUCCAAGACAAAGUCUACUGGACGCCAUCAACUCUCAGAUAAACAGCCAAUCAGAGAGCUUGUCUCAUAGAAUUGUGUUGUAUGAUGAUUGUGAACAGACUGAGGGAAAAGCUCUCUCAUUGGAGGAAGUCAAUCAACAGCACCAAGACGACGAAGAAGAAAAUAAUGAGGAUGAAUCAGAUCAAGACACAAACAGAAAGAGUGACACCUGUACAAGUCAAGAAUCAGAAGCUGUAAAUGGAGCCAAGGAGGGUACUGAUUUGACAAAGCUAAAUGAUAAAGAACAAGAGAAUUUAAAAGAGGGUGAGUCCAAAGAGGGUAAAACCACAGCAGGAAGUUUAGAGUCCAAUAUGCAGUCAGGAAGUUUUAGUGGGAGCAAUGAUUUGUUUGAUGAAAAAUCUGAUGAAAAGUGCAAUACUCUGAGUGAUAAUGGUAGCAAUGUGUGUGAUUUACACAUCUCCCCAAGCGACUGUGAUAACCAAUCAUAUUCACCAUCUGUAGCUCCUAAUUUAACACAAGGAUCAAAUAAUGGCAUUGUCUGUGAUAUUCCAGAAUCUCAGGGAUUUAUUGCUCAUGUGAUGGACUAUGAUAAAGUGGACUUAACUCAUUCUGCUGAUAAUGAUGAUUCCCAGAGAAAAAUUGAACUGAUUGAUUCUAAGAAUAAUGUGAUUAUUAUUACAGAUGGAAGUGCUUCAACAGGAGAAGAAAGUCAUUCAACAAGUUCCUCACAGGAAUCAAGGAUCUCCAUUGACGACACAGGAGUAAGGGGGACUGAAAAUGAGGAAGAUAAUGAUAAAAGUAAUUGCCACCAAAACAAGACUCAGUAUUCUUCUAAAAAUGGGGAAUCCCUAGAUGAUGUUGAGGCUUUAUUUGAGGUUGAAGAUUCUGAUGAUGACAUUGAAGUAGUUGAAGUGUCUACGUCUGUACAAAAGACAGGCACCAGUUUACCAGAUGUUCCGGGGAGGAGUACCAGUUUACAAGAGGAGUCGGACAGUGACGCAACACUUCCACCCAGUCAGAAUUCCUACACAGAAUCACCACUCAAAGACAGAAAAUAUGUAGCAGAAAACUGUGUGGAAAUUCUUGAAACAGAAACUGAAAGUAAUCAUUAUAGAGGGAAUCAGACGCCGAGAAAACUUUAUCAGCCCUCGAUUGAUUUUUAUAUUUCACCAUCCAAAGAUUCACCAGAAAAGUGUAGUCCCAGCAUUGUGAAGAGAAGAAAGAAAUCUAAUGGUUGGCUGAAUGCCAGUAACAGGAAGUUAGUGUAUGUUAGUGAUGAGGAGGAGUGUAGUGGUAAUGACAAAGUGGUGGAUCUAACAUUAAGUAGUGAUGAAGACAGCUAACAAAGUGGUGGACCUAAUAUUUAGUUUUGAUAAAUACACUUGAGAAAUGAUGGAACUCUUUCUACAUUAAACAGAGAUGGAAACAUAAAAAAUUAUGGUGGAACAAACUUCAGUAAUGAUGGAGGAAGCUGAGUAACAAAGAAUCACAAAAUUCGAAAAAUUCAAUAGUUUAUAUCUGAUUCAUUUAUAGUUUUGUUGGAUUCCUUGUCAGAAUGUUUGUGUGUUUUUUUUUAAAUUUUCUCUUCAAGGUUUUUUCACAUUUUGCACAGAUCUGUGUCCCGGUGAUUAUCAUCUACCUCAAAUAUUAUAAACUAAUUUUGUAUAUAAAAUACAGAUUAAUUAAUUAAAUUGUCAUAUAUUUUUAUGAUGUAUAACACACAUGACUACAUGAUGUAUGGUAAAUUAUUUUUGUACAUUAUCAGCUUAUUGCAUUAUUGCAUCAAAUAGUAAAUUUAAAGAUAUUUUCCCUUUUUUUAUGAAUGCGUGAACAUUGUCAGUAUUAAUAUUCUAGUCAAAUAAUUAAUUUCCUAGACAAAUGUAUCUAUAGGUAUUAAAUAUAUGAAUAACAAAAUUUUGGGGUUUUGUUUGUUAGUUUAAGGUUAUUCCUCUUGAGAAUUUUUCAGUCAUCUGGAGACGCCACUACUUGCCGGUGGAGAGCUGCAAAUUUUGUCCUAUACUCAGCACUCAUGACCAGUGAGGGAUCUUUAUCAUGCUAGCACCUACUGAGACACAGGACCUAGGUUUAUACGGUCUCAUCAGAAGGACUAGUCUUCACAUCCCUCAUUGGU